AUCAAGGCCUGAAUACGAGCGCUCGGAGGGGAGUCUCAAUCAAAUGCUUGGCUGCCGGGCUCAUGUCGCUGGAAUCUCGCGAUUAAUGAGCAGGCGCAGCCUCUUGGCCACGCUGCAAGCCUGAAACCAGCGCGGCAAUUCUAUGUAUCGCGUGCGACCAAGAUCGCAAACCAGCCUGCAGAUGCUCUUCUCAGUCACUUCAACAUGGAACUCGCUUGAAGGCCAAGACGACUAAUGCACAUCGGCAUCGCAUCGAGUCGCGGACUCCGGCGGAUGCGAGGUUUGCAGAAGCGUUGUUCGAGUUUUGCGCGGUCUGCAUCUGAUCGACAGCACCACGGAAGCUGCCACGCUACGCCGUUGGAACAUGCCGUCGUCUACGCAGGUGCUGUGUGGUGUUCUACGCUCGGCGAGAUUGUGGGAGAGGCGGUUGCAACAGGAAGUGGCCAAGAGCUCGUGGGUGCUUGCUCUGGUCUCCGCUCAGCCGUUGUUGACCGUGCGUUCGAGGCGUGGGCGGCCAUCCCAUGAGAGGAAGGGUGGUGUGAUAGCGCAACUGAGUGAUCGCAAUGGGGGACUAUCA